CGAAAAUAAAAUUAGAGCAGAAAAUCAGUGUGAGAAGAAGAUUAGAGCCAAGAAUUAAAACCCGAAUUUAAAGUUAGAGAAGCGGAGAGUAAGGAAGGAAGGAGUGGAGGAUAGGUUUAAAAUAAAAAUACACAGGGAAAUGAAAAAAAAACCUGUGAACUGGGAGGGGAAUAUUUUUCUGUCCCACCUGAAAAGGUGUUUUGGUUGAAAGUUUGAGAAUGUGAUUGUGGUAUUUCUGGUCAGGAGUGUGUGGGAACAGCUGUUGUUGUUGACCUCCCUUCAGUCAUGUUAGCCCCUGAUGUGAUGGCGAGGAAACCCCGUUAGGCAGGCGCUCUUCAUGACGGUAAAGCAUUGCUACCAACUGGUACGUGACGUAAUGUGGGUAUUGUGCAGUCCCUGGCAGGUUCUACGCUGGAAUAGGGGACCGAGACACGACUAAAGUGCCAGGCGAGAUUGCAGGAUUUGUAUGAUGUCUGCUCGUGCAGUUGACAUGGAUGAUGAAGAUGGACGUUGUCUGUUAGACGUAAUUUGUGACCCUCAGGCUCUGAAUGACUUUUUGCAUGGUUCAGACCAGCUCGAUGGCGAUGAUCUGCUUGAUACAACAGCCGAUCCUGCCAGCGCCUUCUUCACUGACGCAUCUCUUAAUGUACAGGAUACGACUGUUAAUCAUUUGAACAGCGGACAGACUCAGAAUUCCUCCAGCGCAGUUGACCUCGAUUUCCUGGAAGAUGAUAUCCUCGGACCAUCUCCUGGUUCCAACUUGCAGAAUUCUGACCAGCCGUGUGAUAUCUUGCAGCAGAGCUUGCAAGAGGCCAACAUCACCGAGCAGUCUUUAGAAGAGGAUGCUGACCUGGACAUUGCCUCGCUCCAUUUCCCUUCCCUGCAGCCAGUAUCGCAGGCAGCCGAUGCCUCCCAGCUUUUCUCGACCAGUGCUGAUUUGAUUGGUUUGCAGCAGCAACCCACGGUCCUUGCCCAGCAGACGCUGAUCCAACAACAGACCAUCGGCGGCCAAGUUGUGAACAAGGCCAUCAACGUUCAGCCCUUUUUACAGCAAGUCGGACUGGGCAACGUGACCUUGCAGCCCGUCUCCAAUCUCCAGGGACUGCCGAACGGAAGCCCCACCGGGACGUUGGGCAUCGGGCAAAUCCAAGUGCUGGGGCAGCUGUCAAACCAGUCGGUCAUGACCAUCAACCAGCCGGCUCAACAGAUCAUCACGAAGGCAGGGCAGCCCACACAGGUGACCACUGUGCCAGUCGGGAGCUACAUAUCUUCGCCCACAUCGGACCAGCAACAAGUGGCCUUGAACUCUGCUGGGGUCUCGCCGCCCAACGCUGGGCUCGUGCUCCACAAGAGCGCUCCUCCUGGAGCGCUGAAUGGAAACUCCCUCUUUGCCGGUACGUCCAUCGCGCAGGCAAACCAGGCAUUGACGGUCAGGCCCACCAUGAGCAAUCCCAUGAUGCAGGCUCCACUCUCGGCCCAAAACGUCAUCAUCCAGAGGACCCCGACUCCGAUCCAGCCAAAGCCAACAGGAGGAGUCAUCCAGCACAAACUCUUUCAGAUUAGCUCGAAGCCGUUUGCUUCCACCAAUACUGCACUGACCAUCCAGAACGAAACUUCGCUGCAGCAACAACAGCAGCAACAGCAAAAGGCCCAACAAAACGUGACUUUCAUGGCAGGGAAACCUGUGCAGAAUGUGGUAUUCUCUGCCUCUGGGACUGGGUUCCCCCAGACUAUCUCCUCCAGUGUGUUCAAGCAGCAUCAGGCCCAGCAGCAAGCCUUGGGCAAAUCCCUGAGCCUGCACCUGCAAGGAGGCAGCAUUGUCAUCCAGCCUCAGCAUAUGCAACAGGCUAUGCUUCAGAGUCAGAACCAAUUCCUCCUGCAAGGCCAGCUGUCAGGUGCCUCAGCUGUCCCUCUUUCCCAACAGCUCUCCGCCUUGCAGGCAAACGUGGGUGGGCAGAUACUGACUGCCCAGUCUGCGGGUGGUCAAGCACCAGCGACCCACAUCAUCGCCAGCCAAGGUCCGGCUGGUCAGCUGAUCACCAACCAGACCUUGCCAGCUCAGAUCUUGACCAACCAGAACAUCGCUGGCCAGCUGAACUUGAGCCAGGUAAUAGCAGCCCAAAACGCUCAUGGAGCGACCCAUAUCUUGUCUGCCCCCAUCCAGCUGCAGCCUGGCCCUGUGGGUCAGUCCGCAGUCUUCCAGAUGCCGGUGUCUUUGGCAAACAGCUUGAACCCUCAGACGUCAGCGUCUGUCCAGGCAACCCUGGCCGGAGGUGCCAUCAACCAGCAGAGCCAGUCGGCCGUCAUCCAGGGGGUGACGCUGCCCAACCAGGUCACCAUGCUGAACAGUGGAGAAGGCCUCGGGCAGGCGGUGAGCAUCCAGCAGCCGGCUAGCAACGCCCAGGGUUCCAGUGUCAUCCAGCAGCAAGCGGGGCCUGGCCCUGGGCUGAUGGCUCUCGGGAAUGGGCAGCCCUCCUUGCUGACUGUUCAGACUGCCAUUGCGUCUCCGGCUCAGCCUUCACAACAGCAGCAACCUGGCCAGACACAGUUAGCCUUGGCCCCUCAGUCCAGCAGCAGCAACAUGGUGCAAACGCCUGGAAAAAUUAUCAUCAGCCAGCAAGGAUCUGCAGGAGUUAUCAGCCAAGAUGCAGCUGACAUGUUCUUCCAGCAGCAGGAACAGAAACAGCAGCAGCUUUACCAGGCGGCCCUGAAACUCCAACAGGAAAAAGGCCUGAAUCAGCCGUCCCCUCUCAGCUUAGCACCGACUGCCACCACGAGCAGCGUCCCUGCCUCGGUUAUCGUCAGCAGUAGUGUGGGGCUGGUACCGGCCACGCCCGCAGGACACGCGGACUCCAAAGGACAAACAGUGCUGCCCUCCCUGCCGAGCACUCCGUUCCAGCAGAUACGGGCUGGACAGCAGAUGGCCACAGGACAGCAAAAGACAGCCUUGCAGCAGCUCCCGGUUACUUCGCAGUCACCUCUACCUCAAACACCACAGAACGACAGCCAGCUCCACCUACAGAUACAGUCUCCCCACCAAAUGCAGUCUCCCCAUCAGAUGCAAUCACCACACCAGUCACGUCCACCCUCACAGCCGCAGCCUUUGUCAAGACCUCCCUCCCGUCCUCAGUCACGCCCGUCCUCUCAGCCCCAGGUGCUGUCCAGGCCACCAUCAGAGCCUCUUUCCCGCUCUUGCACGCCGUCCCAGCUGCCCCUCCAGCCCCUGUAUGUGAUUCAGACGCAGGUCCAGUCCUCCCCGCACGGCACACCCCAGGGGCAGCACCCGAUGAGGCCUCCAUCACAGCCACACGUACAGGUUCAAUUCCAGAACCCCUCGCAGCCUGAGCCCCAGCCCCAGCCCCAGUCUCAGGCCCAGCUGACGUCUCCCACCCAGAUACACCUCCAGGUCCAGCCCACCCCUCAGGUCCAGAGCCAGGCCGAAGUGCAGACCCCAUCCCACCUCUUGCACCCGUCCACAGCGUCGUCCCAAGUCCCAGCUGACCAUCAUCUGACUCCGUCUCAGUCUCAGUCGCAACAUGUCCAGCUGCAGCUGCACUGCCAGUCCCAAGCGCAGGCCCCUCUACAGCCUGUCUACCAGACGCUGCAUCUCACGGCAGAGCAGCAGCACCGGUUCCAGAUGGUUACGAGCCAACUUCAAUCCAUGUCUUCGAUUCCCAACCCCACCGACCAACAUAAAAACAUCAUGGAGAAGCUACAGCAGAUGCAGCAUAACAUAAUUCUACAGGCCAAACAGUCUGCAGCAAACCAGACUGUGACUGGGUUUGGCCCAUUGAGCAGCCAGGCACCCACCAUGCUGAUCAGUAGCCAGGUGCAGUCUCCCAGUGUGCCAGCUCAGGUACAUACCACCUCAGCCAGUAUGAAGUCCCAGUCUCAUGGGGGAGGUCAAGCAGCCUUAGCAACACUGCUUCAACAGACAUCUGUCCUUGUGAAGACAUCUUCAGCAGGUACCACAACCACAACAAGGUCUCCAGACAGCAAAGUCAUCUCGGGGGGAGUCCCUGGAAGCACGUGCCAUAUCCAGCAGGGAACAGCGGUCCCUAUACAGAUGAAACCUCUCGCACAGCACCAGAUUCAGCCAGCCCUGCAGACUAAACCUGGAGUAAUCAGUUCAAUUUCUGGUCUGAAUAUGAACUUGACCAAAGGACCAAUCCAAAUCCAGCUCCUUGGUAAAGGGCUAACACAGUUAAUGCCAGCGACCUCUGUCCCAGCACAUCAGAUGGAUAAUAAAUUGGGAGGAUCGAAGGUGCCAGUAUCCCUGAAACCAACAAAGGAAGCUGUGAUAUUGGACAGUCUUGAUAAGCAUCGGAACGCAGUGCUCCAACCGGACUAUAAGUCACGUUUCCGAUCAUAUGAGGACAUGGUCCACCGGCUGCUGCCAUAUCACCUUUAUCAGGGGACGUUACCAUCUGACGAAGAGCACAGGAAAGUGGACGAAGAAUUUGAGGCUGUAUCAACACAGUUAUUAAAACGUACCCAGGCCAUGCUGAGCAAAUACCGAAUGCUGCUGUUCGAGGAGGCCAGGAGAUUGAGUCCAUCAGCUGAGAUGGUGAUGAUUGACAGGAUGUUUAUCCAGGAAGAGAAAACCUCCCUAACCACUGACAAGCAGCUGGCAAAAGAGAAACCUGAUGAAUAUGUGGCAUCUUCCUCCAGAUCCCAUGGCCUGGCUACCUCUUCUCCAUCCCCCUCCUGCAACGCUUCGGCUGCUUCACUGGAAACCCCUCGAGCUCCCUCGACUCAAACAGCCACACCGAUCCAGCCAACAAAGUUGGUCAUCAAGCACUCGGGAGCCUCACCUUCCGUCUCAUGGGCCAGGGACGGCGAUGACGAGACUCUCCACACCCGAAGUCGGCCCCCUCCAAUGAAGACCUAUGAGGCUCGGAGCAGGAUUGGCCUGAAGCUUAAGAUCAAGCAGGAGGCAGGGCUAAGUAAAGUGGUUCACAACACUGCCCUCGACCCGGUCCAUCAGUCAGUCACCACCAGCUCCGUUAUCAAAAGCACCGAAUGUUUGGUGGUGACCAGCGUCGGCCAGAUGAACGGGACUCUCGAACACGCGACCCCGUCUCCGGCUGAGAACAAGCCGCCUCGCAGUGCCAACUAUUGUAAGCUGCCGCCGCGCAAGACGUAUCGGGAGAAUGCGCAGUCGCUGUCGGCUGAUCGAACUGCUGUGACCCCACCUCAGGGUGGGACUGUUAGGGUGGAGGACAGCCAGAAAGAAACGGCGUCCAAGUGUGAGGAAUCUUCCAAAAGUGUCAUAGCCACUUGCAAAUCUGCGGAGAGUCCAAAGGUGAGAACUGCGAGAGGCAGAGCUGAGGAGAGCGCGGUGGUCUCGAGCUUCAGUAGGAAGGCUCGAACGCAUACGCACCACCUGCCUCCCAAAUCGGAGGAGCCUCCCGGAGGAAGAGCUGAGGAUGGCACCGGGGGGCUCAUGAAGGAGCUGUCGGACGUUGAGGAUGAGUUAAUCAUCAAAGCGGACCCUCCAGAUGGGCCCUGGGAACUGGCACUCCCACCUGCCAAGCGGAGCAAGUCUGAGUCAUUCGACAUGGACAAUGCCAGUUUCUCCAGCGACAGCCCUCAGGACGACACCCUGAAUGAGCAUUUGCAGAGUGCGAUUAACAGUAUCCUGAACUUGAGGCAACCACAGUCUGUGUCAGUCACUCAAAACCCAGUGUCGUCUCCGUACAAUUCUUCAGAAAUGAACUCUUCCCCCUUUUCCCCUGCUCCCCACUCAGACAGCUAUCUUGCACCCAAUCACAAUGGAGGCCUUGGAGCUAGAACUUACACUAGAUGACUCAGUCUGUUCAACUCGUAUUUUUCCCAAUGUUGGUACGAUGGCUGUGCUGUAGAACUGCAACACAGCUCAUUAAAGAGAGAGUAUCCCUUUAUGUGAAUCUACCGUUGUGGUAUUUUGUAAGCAUUGCAUCCAAAACAGAAGAAAAGAUCUUUCUCAAUGCAUUCUUGAGGCUUUUAACAUUAGUUAAAGAUGCAGUGAUAACCGUCCUGUGUAACCUGUGAUGAGAUUGCCGACUCUCUCACUGGAGCUUUACCUGUUAAUAUAGCGGGUUGCUUGGAAGGGCCACAGGCCGGGAGAAGGCACAACACAGUUUGCCUUUUGGGAGCCCUGUAUUCUUUCUUAAUUCAGGGUUCAAGGGUGCAGCAACCUAAAGGUGUGAAUCGAAGAGUUGGUUUGUGAUAAAUUCAAAGGCUAACUAGGUGAUUGACCAAUGUACCUUAACCAAAAAAAAAACAAAUCCACAUACAUAUGGUUUUCUCAGUCUUCCUCGGAGUGUGCACAAUCCGUUCUGAUUGUGGGAACAUUCAUCAACCCGUAAUGGAGUCAAAAGUGCCAGUACUUGUGUGAAAUGGUUUCUCCUCCUUCCUGUGGGACCUCUUUUAUUUUCCCCUGUCUCCACCCUGGGAGACAGAAUUAACUUUCUGGUUUCCUCCUUAUCCCCCAAGUGUCAUGUUGGCCCUUUUAAUCAGCUGAAGGUCAGAAAUGUGAUAACUCAUAGUCCCUGUGAAUGGGGGCCUAUGUAGCAUUGAUCAUUCUGCUACCAUAUUUGGGCCAUAAACCAAGAUUCUGUGUCCCCUCUCUACAGAAGCUGAGCUGUAAUCUCUCAUUUAUAUGUAGCAUCAUUCCCUUCAAUCCCAGCCUUGCCUAAAUUCUCAAUUCUUUCUUAAAUGCACCCUACCUCCUCCUCAGCCACAAAAAAUAAUAACAGGCCUUGGCAGAAGGAUGGUUCGGUGAAAAAACUCUUGGUAUUGCGGUUGGUCCCCGAAUGGUGCUGGACCAACCUGCCUAUUACUUUUCUAGAGUGUUUGAGUGCGUGGCCCCAUUGCCUUUUUGUUUUUGCCUGGCCGUUCUGGGCAUGUGAUUUAAGUGAACUGACUUGUGCAUGACCUGCAGAGGGAUGGUUCAGUCACUGUGGCUGCAAAACUUUGAAUGACCGUAAGGGACUCUUGUUUUCGGCGUUUUCCCAUCUCUCUCAAACCUUCAGCUUUAAGAGAUUCUCUUGUUACAUCACCUGGAGUUUCCAACCUGUGUAUCCACCAACGGGUGUAUCCCGAGAUUUUAUUGAGACAGCUCAGUUCCUCCUCCCUGAUCCACUCCAUUUGACUUCCUAACGUGCUCAUCCUCUCAGUUUCAUGCCUGACACUCCUGCUUUUGGUCAGUUGAUGCAUUCAUCGUUCCAAGUUCACUGCCUUUUCUGGAACUUUACAUGGCCUGUUAAAAUGUCUGAUUUUUUUUUUUUUGUUGUUGUUGUUGUUGUUAUUGUUGUUUCAAUUUUCCUCUUGGGUUAUUCUCAUCAAUGUCCUGUAGAUAUGCCUUCAAUUGCCACAGACUCCAGGACAGUCCUGGGGAAAUUUUAAAUCUCACUCCUGUUUUGUGUUGGAAACUGAAGUGAAAUCAGGUUGGCCACCAAAGCCCUUCUUGAGGGAGCAGCCCGUUUGGAAGUUUUGGAGUUACCACUGCUUUGGAGCAAGGUGUAGAUGUAGCUCAAUGUCUCGUACACAGAGCAAACUUUGUUAAUUAACAAUUGAUACACCUAAGAGGGGCCCAACUAUUUAUGCUGGCCUGGAUGCAAAUUCUGCCAACUCGCAUAACCUCUCGCAGAAGAGGGGGAAAUGAAGGAAGAUCUAGGAAGUCAGGUGCAAGUUAAUCGAAAGACUUUUCGGCAAUGUUCAUAAUAUGAAUUUCGUUCGUGUAGUUUAUCACAAAUUAAGCAGAAAUGACCAGUGUGUGGGUUUAUCUGGUUUCAGAAUUGAGAUUGGUCAGCUUAUGUCAAACAGUGUCAGCUUCAGGGAUACAGCUAGACUGGGGAUUGGAGGAAUUCCAGGAUCUGGGCCUCUCCUGUUCCCAAUUGGACCUGUUUUCCCAUCCUCAGUUGUUGUGCAACUGUAGAAAAGGUCAGAUAGAGGAGGAUGUAUCCCUGUUUUUUUUUUAAUGUCUGAAGUAAGAUGGGGCAGGGUCCUGUGUGGGAGAGAGUGAGUGUAACAAGACUGUGGCAUUGGCUGUUUCAGGGGAGAUGUUGAUAAAUAUCUAUUCUCUUUCUGCGGGCUCUGAAUUAUAUUUUCAUCCGAGAAGAAAAGGUGUUUUUUUUUAUUCAUUCUGGGAUUAUGAAUUUUGUCAGUUCUGGGGUUUGCUGUCUAUCUUUAAUUUCCCUUGAGAAUUGCAUGGUGUAGAGAGACAUAAUGAGUAAAAGUUGUUCUGAGAUGUACCCCACAGUAGGAUAAUUGACAAAGGAAAGUUAUCUUGAUGCCAUGAUUAUUUUUGUGUGAAUACAACAGUAUUUAUGUAAGCAUGCAGAAUUCUGUUGCCUGAGCAAGUACUGCUGGAGCAACAGAAUUAGACAGUGUGCCUCUCCAUGAGAGAUUAGAACAGCCAGCAGCAGGUUGUACCCUGCCCAUUCACCUGUACGAUACAAGGUACUUUUAAUCAAAAAAAUUGUCUUCUGAGGCCCCAAUCUCUGUUAUCAGACUGUCAAGUUAACUUGCACAUCUUCCUGCCUUUUGAUACCAUUAACCCGAGAAGGUCCCCUACAACUCCUAGUGAUCAAGCACACGUAUGUGACAUUUCAGUUGUUUAUUUACAUGUCCUGUUAGGAGCAGACAUUUGCUUUACAGGAUGAAAUGCUGCUUGUUUCAGCAGAGGGACUAGUGCACAGGGAAUUCCUUGUUCUCCACCACUUACCCAGUCGUUAUUAUCCGUAAAUUAAUUUGAGAUCUUUUGAUUAAGAGAUUAGCAAAUCCCUGAAUUCUUGAUCGCUUUCAAACGUGUUUGCGCAAACGUGUUGCGACAUUACAAUGUAAAUUUCAGGAAAGGAAGGGUGGCUGCCUUUGUUGCAGAAUUGUCCCUCUUUGUACAUGUAUCUUUCCAUCUGUACUUCUCUGUUUCUCCCUCUCUUCGCCUUCCAUGACAAUAUACCAUCUCCACCACAUUUCCACACCCCACACCCAGCUCAAAGCAUUUGUCUGUAGAUUUUGACUCUCUCCUUUUAUUUCGUUAAAUAUGCCCUGAUGUAGGGACAUAAACUGUUAAAAGCACUAACCGGGGGUAGCCUGAUUAGCUCCUCAGAUACAGUAAUUAAUUUGCCGCCGACUCCACAAGUAGUCAGCUCGCAUCAUGCUUUUCUUAAAAGCAAGAAGAAAUUGAAGUGAAGAAUUUUGAGUGUUAAUGAUUGUUUAAAGGCUUAUUUCAGAUGAACUAUUAGUUUUAAAAAAAAAACCUGCCCAGGAGUAGGCUCUGGAGUUCAGUUAGGAUAAUUGUAAAUGUUUGAUUUGGUUAUUCGGCUUUCAGUAUUCUCUUUGAAACCAUUUUCAUUGGGGUGUGGGUGGGGAGAAGUAUUUCAGUAUCAAGUGAUUGGAGAUCCUUGCUGUGAAAACCCAUUUCUUGAAAGAACUGUUGUGAAUGUUAAUUUUCUUUGCACUUUUGGUUUCGUUAUUCUGAUUGGUGCCAACUCUGUGUCCACUUUCUUCCACCCCACCCCCCCCCCCCCCACCAAGUAAACUCUCCAAAUUAUGUAAAAGCAAAAUACUGUGGAUGCUGAAAAUCUGAAAUAAAAAGGGUGCUGGAAAAAGCACUGAGUCUCUCCAGCACUUUGUUUCUAAUCUCCAAAUUUAUGUUCCACUUUUCUGCUAGAAUAAUAUAAAAUGUUGUCUUUUGGCAACUUUAAGUGUCUAUGAUUUCAGACAGACCCAAUUUCCAGUGACAGUGAUAUCACAGCAUUAUUUGUAAAUCUCAUUAUGGAACCCUGAUCUCUCUCAAACAGUGGUGAUAUCCUUUUUUUUUUGUUGUGUUGUUGGAGUGGUCUUUUUGCAAAACUUGGACAAGUGUAACAGCCUAUUUGACUGCAGGAUGCUUCACAUGAACCUGGUUCUGUCCUUGUUUGGUGUCCAGUUUCGCCUCUCCAAUCAGUGGGAGAAAAUGGAGCUGGGAUCCUGCAGGAUUUUCCCCUUUUUUUUUUAAAACGUUUAAAGUAAGUCUGUGUCGAUGAGACACGGAUUAUAAUAAUUAAAUCUGAAGUUAUAGUUUUUUUGCAGGCUGUGCAUUAUCCCAGGGGCUGGGGCAGUAAGGGUUAAUGUCAGUCAGAAUGUAGUUAGCUGAUUUUGGUGGGGCUUGAGCUAGUGUGGUUGGAUGGGGAGAGCUGAGAGGGGAAGGGGCGCAUGGUGUGUUCCAUGAGUGAGACGAUUGUGCACUGUGGGGUUGUCUUUGCUGAAUAAAUUCAACAUUUUAUUUACUGGCCAUUGAUAUCUGCUAAACUUAUAAGUAUCCCUUGCUCUGAGGGUGUUUAAUAUCAUGGCUGGGCCCAGGUUGAUGGAGAAUUAGUGCAGAUGCUGCUUUCUAAACUUCUUAUCAAUUAGGAUUACAGUUGCAAAUCUUCACCAGUACCACAACACCCAGCACCCUCCCUACUGUCCUCUUCCACAGGCUGCUGUUAAAUCCUAGUCUUCAACAGGACAUUAUGUGGCCUUUAUUGAGUUGGAUUAGUGAAUAAAUAUUCAGGCAGAUUUACAAUGAAAUGUAGAAUGCUUUCCACUUUAAACACCAAUCUGUCUGAAAAUUCAACAGUGGACUGAAUGCUGUGCCUAUUCUAAUUUUAAUUGCUUUUUUUAAAAUAGUUUUCUAUCCUUCCAUUUCCCUGUUUUGUGUUUUGUUUUCUAAACCCUCUUCCCAUCCAUCCAGUUUCCUUCUCACCCCUCCCUGUAUCUCUUUGUCCUUUUUCAUUCACACCUUCAUGAGGUUUACAUUCUUCCACGUUGUGUGCCAUUUGUGGAAAAUAAUGUGCCAAUUACUAUCAGAGUUCAUUAAUUUUCAUUUUUAAAACUUAAGUUUGUUGUUGCCUUAAUCAGUUUGGGCAGGAGACUGCAGAGUUGUUGUGUACUUAACCCUGUUCCUGUCUGGGGAUUGUUUAGGUACAGUGUAGAGGGAUCCUAACUCUGUAACUAACCCCGUGCUGUCCUUGUCCUGGGAGUGUUUGAUGAGGACAGUGUAGAUGGAAUUAUUUUCAUCAGAAGGAACUGGUAACUGGUUGGUUGUGAGCUUGGUGGUGGUAGCUUGGAGAGGUAUUCACUGACCUCUUGAAUUUGCAUAUGGCUUGUGGAGAAAUUGCUAAUGGUGUCAUUGAUUAUUUGUUUUAAACGAUUAGAUGAGUGUAACAGUUGCAUCUGUGUUUUGAAAGCACAUGGUUCACCCUCCCUGUGUAUGGAGCUCCCAUUCUAAUAGCCUGAGAGCUUUGCUGAAUUGUAUCAAUUGUUGAUCUUUGAUUUGAGGUACAGGGGGUCCCAUUGUACCAACGUCCAACCUAGGAAUGUGAUCACAUACAAGGGUGUAAUCUUAAAUAUCUGACCUAUGAGCAUUUCCUGUACUUAUGAACAGCUGUUUUAUACUGUCCUACAUCAUGUUCUGACUUCAAACAGACUCAGGAAUGGAACGUGUUCGCACCUGGCACUGCCAGGACUGACCAGGGUUUGGUCUGUUCACUGAUCAGUGACCCCGUUCUCUCUCUAAUUCAAACACAAGCCACUUUUGACUGAAAAUCCUGUUCUGGAAAACAUUCAGAAAUAAGCCUAUUGCUGCUUCUCUCUUUCCAAGAAAGAUAGAGUCAGUAGUCCUUCCACCAAACUUGUGCAUCCAUAAAAACUCUAUUCCAUCCUAAUUUAAAGUUUUGGUUGACCUUCUCCACUUCAACCACUUCUUGACAGGAACACACUCUCUCUGGACUGAGGAAUUCCUGAUGUCACUCCGAAACUUGCCUUUCCAGAGUUUUGAACCCGUUAUAUUUUUGUUGCAGUUUAGUUUGAUUUUAUUAACUGACCGUGUUUGCUGUUCAUUUGUGGCUGAAGGGAAUCUUGUCUUGGCUUCUUUCCAGAGAUGUGGGGAAAGGGAACCACAGAUUGAGUUUCAGGCUUUGUCUGCAGGAACUUUGAUCAGGAUGCAGUCCUUCCUCAGUGUCCCAAAAACGGUUUGCCUCUGGAUUUAGCUAGAGGCUUCUGUUCUCCCAGUGGAGGUGUAGGAUGUUAGUGAGAUCCAGAGUUUUGUGCCAUUCCAUGUUGGUGCCACUAUGAUUGUAAACUAGGCUAAUGUUGGGGGUGAUAAUUGCCUGUCAGGAAUUAACAUUAAUUUCGAGUGCGUGUCUUUUGUUAUCAGGGUGAGCAUUUAAGCAGCUACUUCAGUGCUCUCGUUUCGCCUGUGUACUAACUAGAACCCUCUGAGUCGGCAGCUUCCGUGUAUACACACAAGUCCAAGUGUUUAAAGGGAUACUGUCUCUUUUCAGCUGAUAUUAAUUCUACCUUGGAACAAAAAAAGUAAAAUCUCUUGAGCCCCCCCACGCACCACAUACCACAAACAAAAACCUCGCCUUUCUAUCUGUGUCUCAUACCCUAACAUUCCUGAAGGGGGGGGAAUGUCACAGAAUACAGUGUAUUGCCCUCGCAGUGUUCCGAGUUUGGAGGGGGUGGGGUGGGGGUAAAGAAGGGGAGAUGGGGGAGAGGGGGAUGUGAGGCAACCACAUUCUGCCUAUGCUUUUUCACCUGCAGACCAAGAUGAUUGUAUAUAUAAUAUUGAAGAGAGGUCUCAUCAAUUUGUUAUACUGUUUAAAAGAAGGUUUGUUUUUCGAGAGGUUAUUUUCAGCAGUUAUGUUCCAGGGGGCCUUAACCUGAGAAUCAUUCAAAAAUAAAGUAACUAUCGAUGUUCUGUCAGUAAUGAAGGAUGGUGAUUGAAAGUACUGUGACUUUUGAUGUCUCCCUUCGCUGUACAAACCCAAGCUCCUACUCUUAAAAACAAGUGAACAUUUUUGUACACAUUUAUAUUAAGCUAUUUAUUAAACAAAAUGUUUUGUAAUAAACAAAAAUCUUAAAAGAUGCACAAA